GAAAYAGCGCAACACAGUGCCACGGAUACUAAGACAAGGAUGGAAAUUAGGAAAUAGAGAGAAGGUGCCCAUAAUAAGAAGACAGUGACAGGUUUACAUUCAGGAUUAUGCAUGGUUCCCUUAGGCAAUAAUAAUAACCCACAUGCAAUAGAAACAUAGCCUAGUAAGGGGUGAAUAUUUAUUAUAAACGUUCCAUUUAUCGCAUGCUCRCUUCCUCUCGCAACUCUACAUUUUUCUCACACGUCUGCCUCGCGCGUAAUUGCUCACAAUCUCUCCCUCCCUCCUUCCCUUCUGCCACUCAGUCAUUCACCCACUCUCUCUCUCCGUACGCACACACGCGCUCUCUCACUUUUCGUGGGAGAAAGUAGGAAGGGGGAGAGAGAACGAGAGAGAAAGGAGAGGGAGUGAAUUCAGGUCUCUCUCUGCUCUCUCCGCUGUGGGCACUCAUAUCCACUCCGCUGACUCAAUGGGGCUUUAGCACUUGGAAUAUAACAUCAAAUAUUUAUUGAUCGUACCCCUUUUACUAUUUAAAUGUUGUACAUAGCAUAGGUAGAUAUAGGUAACUUAUUAAAUAAGCGUUAAGAAGAGGUAAAAUACGUUGUUUUUUUUGCCUCACAGAAGGUCCAGUCGAAAUUCUCUUCCACUGUCUUUCUGUGAGAGACGAUAUCUAAUUUGAACAUAUCCGAUCUUAAAGUCCAGCGUCAAACAACUACAAAACAAUGGAUAUUCGAGAUUGCCCUUUUCGGAAGAAGCGGAGACCAUGGCGCGUGGACCUUUCCUCUUUUGCCUUGGUAACUCUGGUGCUCGCGCUGUGCCAACUACCCGUGGCUCGAGCAGAUCCAGUGGAUGUGUUGCGGAUGCUGCAGCUGCCCUCUCUCCCCGAGGGGGUGCGYAAGGUUCCAGGCUUCUGCACCUCCCGCCGUGCCGGCUCCGCUGACCAUGCCUACCGCAUCACCAAGAAGGCCCAGAUCUCUGCCCCUACCAAUCAACUCUUCUCAGGUCGUUUCCCAGAGAACUUCUCCAUCAUGGCUCUGGUCAAGGCCCAUGCGGGCCUCCAGGCCUUCCUGUUGUCCAUCUACAGUGAGCAGGGUGUCCAGCAGCUGGGUUGGCUGGACGCUUCCCCUGUCUUCCUGUACGAGGACCAGAACCGGAGGCCCGCGCCCGAGGACUACCCGCUCUUCAGCGGCGUCAACCUGGCGACGCAAGUCAGUAACAACGCGUGGCACCGCAUCGCUAUCUCCGUGUCGAAGAAGAACGUCACCCUGCUCCUGGACUGUAAGAAGCGCAUGACCAGGGCCCUGCCCCGCAGCAAAAACCCCGUGGUGGACACCAAGGGCAUCACCGUGUUCGGAGCACGCCUGCUGGACGAGGAGGUCUUCCAGGGUGAUAUCCAACAGCUGCUAAUCGCAUCCAACCCUCAGGCUGCUUAUGACUUCUGUGAACACUACAGCCCUGACUGUGACUCCCCUCUACCCAAAACCCAGUCCCAGGACCCCAACACAUACAAGGAUGCCAAUGGCAAUGCUGACAAACGCAAACCUGUAGUGGUUAAGGCAGAUAAACCUGUAGUAGUUAAGGCUGCAAAACCUGUAGUAGUUAAGGCUGCAAAACCUGUAGUAGUUAAGGCUGCAAAACCUGUAGUAGUUAAGGCGGCAAAACCUGUAGUAGUUAAGGCGGCAAAACCUGUAGUAGUUAAGGCGGCAAAACCUGUAGUAGUUAAGGCGGGAAAACCUGUAGUAGUGAAGGCGGCAAAACCUGCCCCCUCCAAACCUGCGAAAGCAGAGAUUGCCAAGCUUGAGGCCAAAGCUGCCGCACCUGCCACAGCCAAACUAGCUAAAACCAAACCUGCUGCCGCCAAGCCCACCAAAGCCAAGCCUUCCCCGGCCAAACAAGCCAAAGCCAAACCAACUGCAAUUGAAGUCCUCCUGGCCAAGAUCAAACCCACUGCAGUCACACCAGUGGCCAAGCCCACACCUGCCACAAAAAAUGGCGGUGAAAAAAAAGUCAAUGGCAAACCUGUAGUAGAGAAGAAACUAAAUGGUAAUUCCAAGGUCAAUGGCAAUGCCAAACCUGUAGUAGAGAAGAAACUAAAUGGUAAUUCCAAGGUCAAUGGCAAUGCCAAACCUGUAGUUGAGAAGAAAGUAAAAGGUGAGGCUAAAGUUAAUGGCAACGGUAAAACUGCUGAGGAUAAGAAAGUUAAUGGUAAUGGUAAAAGCGGCAGUUACAAAAAAGCUAAUGGCAAUGGUGUAGAAGCAGCAAAACCUGAAACCACUAAAGCCCGGCCAGAAAAGAAAGUCACUAAAGUUAAAAUAGAAAACACUGUGGUCACCAAAGUGAAACCAGCAAAACCAGAAACCGAAGUCAAAGUUAAAGUAGUAAAAACUGAGAUCACUAAAGCCAAACCAACAGUGUCAGUUGUCAUCAAAGUUCCWCCCUUCAAACCUGCACCAAAGAAAGAGCUGCCAGAGAAAACCAAGGUGGUGCUUGAUGUAAAUAACAUCAAAUCGAUGACCAAAAAAAUGCCUCCCUUUGGCAAGACUGCACUCAGUGGCACCGUCGUCCCUGUGCCGGAAAAACCAAAGAAGAAACAGGGCAACGGUUAUCAACAGGAUGUAGAAACUGCAAAUUCUGAGGCUGGCCACACCCCUACAGAGUCGGAUUAUUAUUAUGAGGAGGCGGUCCUACAGCCAGAGAGUGAGGUGAUUGGACAAGAAGCGACCACUGGCCAGGUGGAGGGAACGUUGGUGGCAGAGGAGGUAGAGUUGGCCAAGGCAGGGGGUGAGGUCGAGGCCUUUACUGAGGAGUAUGUGACUGGAGACCUGGGCAUGAAGGAAUACGAUUAUUCCUACAAGGACUACAACGAGCCCCUGCCCGAGGGAGAGACCGAGGGCAACAUGGGCCCCGCCCUGUCUGCUGUGAGAGACGAGGGAGGCGCCUCAGUGAGUGCCGUAAAAGGCGAGAAGGGAGAGCCUGCUGUCUUUGAGCCUGGUAUGUUGAUUGAGGGACCUCCGGGACCAGAGGGACAGGCAGGUCUCCCCGGACCUAAUGGCCCAUCUGGCCCUCCUGGCUCUGUCGGUGAUUCUGGCGAGAGGGGCCUCCCUGGAAAGGCUGGUAUCGCUGGUGCCGAUGGUGUGCCAGGCCCCCCUGGAACGUCCGUCAUGCUGCCCUUCCGUUUCGGAAGCAGUGGAGGUGACAAGGGUCCCAUGGUCUCAGCGCAGGAGGCCCAGGCUCAGGCCAUUCUGUCUCAGGCCAGGCUGGCUCUGAAGGGACCACCCGGACCAAUGGGCUACACUGGACGCACAGGACCCCUGGGUACCCCUGGAAGUUCUGGUCUGAAGGGUGAAGGUGGGGAUCAUGGACCUCAGGGCCCCAGAGGACCACAGGGUUUGAGCGGACCUCCCGGCAAAUCAGGAAGAAGGGGUCGUGCUGGAGCUGAUGGAGCCAGAGGCAUGCCAGGAGAGGGUGGGCCUAAGGGUGACCGCGGUUUCGAUGGCCUGCCUGGAUUGCCUGGGGACAAAGGACACAGGGGUGAUACCGGAGGAUUGGGACCCCACGGAGGUCCUGGAGAGGACGGAGAGAGGGGAGACGACGGAGACAUCGGACCCAGAGGACUUCCAGGUGAACCAGGACCUCGUGGUUUGCUCGGUCCUAAAGGUCCCAACGGAAUCUCCGGACCUCCUGGUGUGCGUGGAAACGACGGGCCCCACGGUCCUAAAGGAAACCUGGGUCCCCAAGGAGAGCCAGGCCCCCCAGGGCAGCAGGGUACCUCAGGAACCCAGGGAAUGCCAGGACCACAGGGAGCCCAUGGGCCCCCAGGAGAAAAGGGCCCCACAGGAAAACCCGGUCUGCCAGGCAUGCCCGGAGCCGACGGACCCCCUGGUCACCCAGGAAAGGAGGGACCUGUUGGCACCAAAGGAAACCAGGGUCCCAACGGUCCUCAGGGAACUAUUGGCUAUCCUGGCCCUCGUGGCAUUAAGGGAACUCAAGGUAUCCGGGGACUGAAGGGUCACAAAGGAGAGAAGGGAGAAGAUGGCUUCCCUGGAAUCAAAGGAGACUUUGGUGUCAAGGGGGAGAGAGGAGAGGGUGGAGUGCCCGGCCCCAGGGGAGAGGACGGUCCUGAGGGGCCAAAGGGCCGUGUUGGCCCCCCUGGCGAGCUCGGACCCAUCGGUCUGGUCGGAGAGAAGGGUAAACUUGGUGUUCCUGGACUUCCUGGCUAUCCUGGAAGACUUGGACCUAAGGGCUCCCUCGGUUUCCCAGGAUUCCCUGGAACCAACGGCGAGAAAGGAACAAGGGGCCUGAUUGGAAAGUUGGGACCCAGAGGACAAAGAGGACCAACGGGCCCCAGAGGUCAGAGAGGAUCGAGAGGAUCUACUGGCAAACCAGGAGCCAAAGGUACAUCAGGAAGUGACGGCCCAUCUGGUCCACCAGGAGAGAGGGGACUGCCCGGACCUCAAGGAGCAAACGGUUUCCCAGGGCCAAAGGGACCUCCCGGACCACCAGGAAAGGAUGGACUGCCCGGACACCCUGGACAGAGAGGAGAAGUUGGAUUCCAAGGAAAGACUGGGCCACCCGGACCUCCAGGUGUUGUUGGACCUCAAGGUCCCUCAGGAGAGACAGGCCCCCUGGGCGAGCGCGGUCACCCCGGGCCUCCAGGACCACCAGGCGAGCAAGGACUCUCCGGACCCUCUGGCAAGGAAGGAACUAAGGGAGACCCUGGUCCCCAAGGCGGCCCCGGCAAAGAUGGACCCCCAGGACUGAGAGGCUUCCCCGGAGAGAGAGGAAUGCCUGGCACCCCGGGAGGCGGCGGACUAAAAGGAAGCGAAGGCCCAGCAGGACCUCCCGGAACAGCUGGAUCCCCAGGUGAGAGAGGACAGGCAGGCAGCGGAGGCCCCAUCGGACCCCCAGGAAGACCUGGCCCCCAGGGGCCUCCAGGACCAUCAGGAGAGAAGGGAGUGCCUGGUGAGAAAGGUCCGAUCGGCCCGGCUGGUCGUGACGGUGUCCAGGGCCCAGUGGGUCUGCCAGGUGCUGCCGGAUCCAUCGGAGUUCCAGGAGAGGACGGAGACAAGGGUGAGGUUGGAGAGCACGGCCAGAAGGGAGCGAAGGGCGGCAAAGGAGAGCAUGGUCCUCCCGGUCCACCAGGGCCAAUGGGUCCACUCGGUCAACCCGGCGUUGCUGGAGCUGAUGGAGAACUAGGAGCCAGAGGUCAGCAGGGGCCAUUUGGGGCCAAGGGAGAUGAAGGAUCAAGAGGAUUCCCAGGGGCCCCAGGUCCCAUUGGACUGCAGGGAUUGCCAGGCCCAUCAGGAGAGAAGGGAGAGACGGGAGAUGUCGGACCAAUGGGUCCACCUGGACCCCCAGGACCCCGUGGCCCUGCUGGUUCAAGCGGCGCUGACGGUCCWCAAGGUCCUCCUGGUGGUGUGGGUAACCCUGGAAACCUGGGAGAUAAGGGAGAGCCUGGCGAAGCUGGACCACCUGGAAUCGGAGGAGAGCCAGGAAAGAAGGGCCCACGUGGAGAACACGGAGACAAGGGAGAGGCGGGACAACCUGGUACUUCUGGCCCUGCUGGUGGAAGAGGAGGCCCUGGAGACGACGGGCCCAAGGGAAACCCUGGCCCUGUUGGUUUCCCUGGCGACCCCGGUCCCCCUGGUGAACUCGGUCCCGGAGGUCAGGACGGAGCAAAGGGAGAGAGAGGAGAGGACGGUGAACAAGGACAAGCUGGAUCUCCUGGACCCACUGGUGAGAACGGACCUCCUGGUGGACCAGGAAAGAGGGGUCUUGCUGGAACGAGAGGACCAGAGGGACGACAGGGAGAGAAGGGAACUAAGGGAGAUCCAGGUGCCAACGGACCUCCAGGAAAGACAGGCCCCGUCGGACCUCAGGGUCAACCAGGCAAACCAGGAACUGAGGGUCUGAGAGGACUCCCUGGAUCAGUGGGUGAGCAAGGUUCUCCGGGCCUUUCCGGCCAGAAGGGACCACCCGGACCGCUGGGACCGCCAGGUUUGCCAGGACUGCGUGGCGAGGGCGGUGACAAGGGAGAGAAGGGCCACUCGGGUCUGAUUGGUCUGAUUGGGCCCACCGGAGAGCAGGGAGAGAAGGGAGACAGGGGACUGCCAGGUCCACAGGGGACACACGGAUCCAAGGGAGAGACUGGUGUUUCUGGAGGCACUGGGCCCAUCGGUCCUGGUGGCCCUGCUGGUAUGCCCGGUCCCGAAGGUGUGAAGGGAGCUAAGGGUUCUACAGGAGGAGCUGGUCCCAAGGGAGAGAAGGGUGUCUCAGGCCCCCCCGGAUCUCCAGGUCCUCCAGGUGAAGUCAUCCAGCCAAUGCCCAUCCAAAUCUCCAAGAAGUCCAAGCGCUCCAUCGACGCCAGCCGGAUGCUGUUUGAGACAGACGCAGAGUCGGCUGCAGCCGACGCCACAGGCACAGAGUUCCUGACAGGCAGUGAGGGCAUGGAAGAGAUCUUCGGCUCACUGAACUCGCUGAGACAGGAGAUCGAGACCAUGCGCUUCCCUCUGGGCACCAAGGACAGCCCCGCACGCACCUGCCAGGACCUCAAACUCAGCCAGCCAGAGCUCAAAGACGGAGAGUAUUGGAUCGACCCCAACCAGGGUUGCUCUCGCGACUCUCUCAGGGUGUUCUGCAACUUCACCGCCGGUGGGGAGACGUGUCUGUACCCCAGUAAGACCGUGGACACGGUAAAGCUCAACUCUUGGACCACGGAGAAACCAGGCUCCUGGUACAGUGAGUUUACAACUGGCAGCAAGCUUUCGUACGUGGACUCUAAUGGCGAGCCGAUCGGCGUGGUCCAGUUGGGCUUCCUGCGGUUGCUGAGUGUCCAGGCCCGCCAGAACUUCACCUACCACUGCCACCGCUCCGUGGCCUGGGCCGACCGCACAGCCAAUAACGGCCACAAGAGGGCGCUGCACUUCCAGGGCGCCAACGAUGAGGACCUCAGCUACGAGACCAGCCCAUACAUCAAGGCCCUGGUUGACGGCUGUUCUUAUCGUAAGGGCUUCGACAGGACAGUGGUGGAGGUGAACACACCCCAGGUGGAGCAGCUUCCUCUGCGGGACCUCAAGAUCACAGACUUUGGGGAGAGCAACCAGAAAUUCGGCUUUGAAGUGGGACCUGUCUGUUUCCUGGGCUAAAACACCGUGCAGAGAAAUGAGAAACACCUACACAUAUAGAAUAUACACUUACACUGAUGCACACACACACUCUGUCAUACACACACACUCUGUCACACACACACUCAUGCACUUAACACAAACAUUGACACAUUUACAUAGACAUGGCAAUAUACAGUACAUGCCCAGUAAUUUGAACAUUUAUUUCAGGACAUCAAGCACACUCACAUACACAAACACACACACACACAAAUACUGUUGUGAAACGGACAUGCACUCACUCAAGUACAUGCCCAGGGGAUAACAUCUCCCAAUUAGAAAUGGACGAUAAGAGAAAAGUAGAACGCAAACAUUCUCGCAAAGAGGAGACCAAAGAUCGAUUGCAAGAAUGAGAGAUGGCGUUCAGACCGUCAACAGAAUAAAACAGUGUUCUUUUCCAACGAACAGCUGGGUCAAAGACCCGUCUCCUCCUUCCGUACACGCCAGAGCCCCCUGUCGCGGACCCCCCUCUCACUCCUCUCUCCUUCCCGCUGUCUCUCUACCGAGUUGUCUCAGCCACUCUACCUCUCUGCUUCGCCCUCACCACACACUUGUACCUCUCCUGCAUCCAAGCCCCACCCCAUCCUACGCCUAAUUUUCUGCCUCGCCGCAUUAAGGGGAAACCAAUGAAGGAAUGGGAGUUCCACGAAGGCCUGGCGGAUCAGAGACGACCAGGAAAGUCUACUGUACGUCCAUGUUGUCUAGCGAAGUGAAUGUUCUCUUCAUCAUCUCCACAGGGAAAUUCUAUACCAAACAAACCAACCAUGCCGACUAACAUCACAGUUAUCCUAAAGCAGGUCAAAUACAAUACAGGCGGAUGAAUAGAAACGUUACGGUGCUUUGUGGAGAUGGAGUGGAAGCAAAGCUGUGAGAUCUCUAGCUUUAACGCGGCUUUAACCUAAGGUGUGACUAUGAACAGCUCUUUACUCAAUACUGUAAUAAUAUAGUCCUAACAGCAACGUACUGUCUCUGAACUGUAUGGCUGUUUAUUAUUGGGCCAAUAAUGUUGCAUGCAAUGGGACGGAAGGUUGUCUAUGCCUUCUCCAAGUAUCAAUGAAUCAAAAMCCAUUAACCUUGUAAAUUGUACUGAACUUGAUGUGUGGAACAUUUAUUUGUAAUCAUUGUCACAGCUGUCAGACAGGCCAGAACUGUAGUUCCUAGACAAGCGAAUAGGCCAGAAUGCCAUCAAACCAGUCCAGUACUUACAGGUGUGAUGCCUGGAAUUUCAUUAUUGUUUUAUGUAGAGCACAGGGUUACAUUCCAGGAUUUGUGACAUUCCGUCUCUUUUCAAGCAGGGAAGGUAUCAGGGUUAAAUGUGUAUAUGAGCUCAAUAGAUGACGACCAAACGUUCUCUCUUACAGCGGUGAAUAAAUGCAUGCUUUCAAAAACUGUGGCAAGGUGCUAAUUAUACCAAAGCGUUAAUAUAUUCAGCGUGAAUAAUUCAAGUUUGUCUCCAUCACAGCCACACGAUGUUGUCACCAGUUCUCCGACUGGAAAUGUGCAAUCGAAUCCAUUUGUACAGACAUAGUGAUAUUCUAUUGUAUUUAUUGAAAACAAGCAGGGUGCUUCAAACAACGACAAACCAAAUAUGACAGUCGAAUGUGGUAUUUCAUUUUGUAUUUAUUUCCCGUAGUUCUCACUUGACGGUCUUAAAACAAUUAAAUACAUAUUAAACUAACACUAAACCGAGUUAUCUGUGCACACCCCCUUGGUGUAUGAAUGUCAACAGUUCUGGUGGGGGGAAAAACGAACAUAUGUGGCCAUAUCUCAUUGUAACCAUUUAGCAUUCAUCGACUGUACUGUGCUGUUAUGAUUGCUUCUAUUGUAAUGAUUAAAUGGUGACUCUCCGUUGCGGUUUGCCACUGCUUGGCUGAGCUGUGCUGCAGGAGUAUGGCGAGGGCGACAAACAGAUACCAGGAUUCUACGGUUGUGAGAAUACAGCGGGCAGGGGACAGCUAGCGGGAGGGAUGGAAAAUUCUAGCAACCACGUGGGCAAAUAUUACAAAAAUUUUGUUUAGAAGUAAUGUAAUGUGGCUAUGGGGUUGUAUAUCAUUAUGGGUAWUUUGGUUUGUCUGUUUUGGUUGGGUUUUUCUUUUGAUAUUGUAGAGAAGGGGGGAUUGACAAACUAAAACCUGAGGUGAUUCUCGAGAGAAAAUUACAUCGAUUGGUUUGUUUUUUUGUUAAAGACAAACAAAUAUUUCAACAAAAUAUGGUGCUGAAAAGACAAAAAGUAUUAUUUUAUAAUGUAAGUAAUUUUAAAUGUUUUGUUUCUGUAAUAUAUCAUCUUUUUAAAAAUAGCUUCUUGACUCCCUUGUGUUUUUUCCUAGUCCCUCUGUUUCAUCCUCUCUCAACUGGCUGGUGUUGCAUGUUACCCAGAGCUACACAAUAGCUAGUCAUUAUUUUAUUUCUCUCUUCAUUCUGCAUACAGCAGCUCAGACAGCUGAAUAUAACCACAUCAUUCACAAUCUCCAGUGAACUUACCACCUGUGUGUGAACACAGAAUCAGUCAGAUCCCAACCUUAUUUCCACUAUAUCACCUCACGAGCCCCCCCCAAAAAAUCACUUCUAGUGUUUACACCUGUUUGAUUCUGAUCUAUGGCUGGCUCCCUCUCCCUACCCUUUUCCCCUCUACCGUCCACUGCUCAGUGUUGUUUUCCUUCUGUUUUCUGUUAGUUUUUGUUUUGCUUUAGUUUCACUGUCUUGGUUUGUUCUUGGCUUGUUGUUUUCUGUUCAACGUCUCCAAUUAAACCACAUGCCAACGCAUUUUCUCUGUGUGCAUACUGUAUUCA